UUUUGCAAAAAAAAAAAUUAUUCACGAAUACAAACAAAAAAAAACCGAAAAUCAAACAAGAAACAACCUCGCGCAACGUGCUUCAAAUGAAAUAAAUAAUAUAUAAUUUUUUUUUGUUUACUUUCUUCUCGUAAACGUCGCAACCGCUGCUACUUUUUUUAGUAGCUCCACCUGUUCUAGCUUCUAAUAAUUCUAAAGAAAAAUCAAAACCAAGAGUUGUUUGGGAACAACCAAAGUGACGCACAAAACUAACAACAAAAAGCAUUCCAUGACUACGCAAUUAAAAUAAUCUUCAAGUACAGAUUUUCUCAAAUCUCUAAGAACUAAAGAAAGACAAAAAAGGGCUAAUUUUAUAUAUAUUUUUUUUUUGUUUUUACGUAAUAAUGUUUUUUUCUAUAUAAAAAAUUAAUUAGUUUUGAAUUUAAUGGCUUCAAAUGCUUUUGUUGGAAAAUUAAUUGCCAGUCUAGUUUUAUCAAUCGUUCUCUAUUACUUCUUCUGGGUGUUCGUUUUGCCUUUCAUGCUCAUUGAAGAGGAUAAUAUUAUACAUUCGUUCUUUUUGCCGCUGCAAUACGCUUUUGCUAUUCCAGCUGCCUUUGGCGUUUGUUUCGUUGGUGGACUAUCAGUCUUUACAUUCUAUCACAUAUGGGAUCACGUUAGUUUCUUUUAA